AUGUUUCCAGUAAGGAAACCCAAAGCUGGACGAAAGGACGCAGCUGUGAGAAAUAGCUAUUUGAACAGUGUGGAAAAGAGAGAACUUCUGGCAUCAACAGAGAUCCCAGUUGAAUACAUAGAUCCUGCCUCCAUAGAUCUUACUCCCUUGAUCAAUAAAUUAAUUAAUUCUACACAAACUGGCUCAAAGCAGCUAUUUAGCUUACUGAGUGUCACUUCCCACAGCUCCCUCGCUCUACAUAAGCUCACUCUGCUGGUGUAUAACAUUUCCAGUUUCAGAAAUAUUGAAACCAGUACAUAUCCAAUGAGGUACUGCUAUUGUAUAACAAACAAGACCAAUGACUUAACAGAUUUCACUGCCAUAUUGCUGGAUGUAAUGGGAAAUUCCACAAGCUAUCUUCAAGAGCUUUUCAAAUCCAGCUCCAUAUUAUCAGUGAGCCAGAGCAACAUUUCAGACUGCAUCUACAUCUGCGUGAUGGCAGGGAGAAGUGACAGAGACCUGUCCCAGCUGUGGGAGAUGGAUUCCAUCAAGCCCCUUUUCAACCAGACCAUUACCGGGGACAUCCACAAAGGCAAUCUCAGCCUGCUCAGCUCCUCGCCAGAUAAGAUGUUCUCACUCGGGCUCUGGCCCGCCAGCACACUCCACACCACUUUGCCGGCACCAACGACCUCCACCAUCACCACCACCACAGUCUUGCCCACCACUGCCAGACUGCUCACGCAAGCGCCAUUCAAAGAGAGGCCAGGCUGCCCAUGGAAGAGGCCAGAGCUAAAGCCCCCAGGAGCAGAGAGCGAGGAGGCUCUGCUGGUCACCCCCACCUCCUCCAGUAUCUCCACCUCCACUGUCAGUGCCCACAAGCUGCAGCCCUGCGUGCUGGAGCUCUGCAAGUUCUUCUCUCAGUGCCUGUGCCGCGCCUACAGCACCAAGGCCCGGAUGAAGAGGUACUGUGUUGAUACCCAUCCCUGGUACGUGAAAUACACUUCGGAGGUAUGCAGGAGGGUUAAAAGAAUCACCUAUUCAAAAAAUCUGAAGCAGAAGUGCCUGGCCAGAAUGUGCACAAAGCUGGGACCAAGAGUGUGA